AACAAUCGAUUUCGCGAUCGCUGAUUGGUCACAGUUUCCAAAAUGUCUGGCAAUGGACCACCUCCGCCCUUAAUGGGCCAGCACUUUCCGAUGCAGCAAGGUGGGAAUCCUCCUGGUGGUUGGCCUCCGAUGGGAGGGCCCGGUGUGCCCCCAUCUGGUCCCCCUGGAGGACAACAGAAUGCACCACCUAUGGGUUUUGGUCAGUUUCCUGGAAACAUGAACAUUCCUAUGCCUGGUAACCAACCGCCAAAUAAUGCCAACUAUCAUAAUCAAGGCAAUGCUCCACCAUCUAUGCCACCUCAAGCACCACCAAUGACACAGAAUCCUCAAGUGGCCGUCGCUAAACAGUCGUCCACGCCAUCAAAUUCCCCAAAACAGGACCAGGGUGGCAGAACGACUAAGGGAUCUGAUUGGACGGAACACAAGGCUCCAGAUGGCCGGACAUAUUUCUACAAUCGCGUUACAAAGAAGUCAUCGUGGGAGAAACCAGAUGAACUCAAAUCCCCCGCCGAGCAGUUGGAUCCUGCUGCACGCGAACGACAGGUUCUUCUGUCUAAAUGCCCAUGGAAAGAACACAAGUCUGACGGGAACAAAAUCUACUACCACAACUCACAAACAAAGGAGUCGCGUUGGACAAAACCUAAAGAAUUGGAGGAUAUUGAGAACAUGAUCGCCAAUCUUCAAAAAGGUGCCGCAAAAGCUGCCCAAGUUGCAAGUGCACAGGCUGCGAUUGCACCCGCCACCAUGCCAAGCCUCCCUCCGACUCCAGCACCGAUGUUACCAACAUCAGCACCCCCUUCAGGCAAACCUGCACCAUCGGCUAUAGAAGCUGCCAUGGAGGCGACACUGGCAUCUAUUGAGCUGCCGCCGUUACCUCAGAAGUCUGCCCCGCUCCCGGCCCCAGACACAGCCAUGGAGGAUGUGUCCAGUGAGAGCUCGGAGGAGAGUGGUCCAGUCACUAGGAAGGAGUUUACAUUCAGGACAAAGAAAGAAGCAAUUGAAGCUUUUAAGACUUUGCUGAGAGAUAAGGAAGUUCCAUCCAAUGCAUCAUGGGAGCAAGCAAUCAAGACGAUAUCAUCCGACCCACGCUUUGUGGCGCUGAAACAUCUGAAUGAGAAAAAACAAGCAUUCAACGCGUACAAGACACAGCGUGCCAAGGAGGAGAAGGAGGAACAACGUCUCCGGGCGAAACAAGCCAAGGAGGAGCUGGAGAAGUUCCUACUGAGUACCGACAGGAUGAACUCACAGAUAAGAUACAGGAAAGCUGAAAUAGUGUUUGCUGAUGAUGACGUUUGGACUUGUGUAGCUGAUCGGGAUCGGCGAGACAUCUAUGAUGAUGUUAUCCAUGUGCUAGCUAAGAGAGAAAAGGAAGAGGCGAAGGAUUUACGCAAGCGAAAUAUCAAGGUCUUCAACGAGAUCCUGGAUAGUAUGCCCACACUGACAUUCAGGACAACAUGGUCAGAAGCUCAGCACAUGCUGUUAGACAAUCCCAUAUUUGCUGAGGACUUGGACUUGCAAAACAUGGACAAAGAAGACGCGCUGGUCUGUUUCGAGGAGCACAUCCGUAUGUUGGAGCAGGAGUAUGAUGAUGAGAAGGAGACGGGACGUAGACGAAUCAAACGCAAUCAGAGGAAGAAUAGAGAGGGAUUUUUGGUGCUACUGGAAGAACUCCAUGAGAAUGGUAAACUGAACUCCAUGUCUUUGUGGAUGGAUCUCUAUGCCAUUGUGAGUCAGGAUAUGAGGUUUCACAACAUGCUAGGACAACCAGGGUCGACUCCACUGGAUCUGUUCAAGUUCUAUGUGGAGGAUCUCAAAGCUCGUUUCCACGACGAGAAGAAACUCGUCAAGGAGAUAUUGAAGGAUAACGGCUUCAUCGUGGAACUGUCAACAAGUUAUGAAGACUUUGCCUCAACAUUGGCCGAGGACAAGAGAGCCACAGCGUUAGAUUCGGGAAAUGUGAAACUUACCUUCAAUAGUUUAUUAGAGAAAGCUGAGGCCAGAGAAAAGGAGAGACUGAAAGAGGAGGCCAGAAAGCAAAAGAAACUUGAGAUGAUUUACAAAACGCUGCUCAAACAAGCUGAUCCACCCAUUGACCUCGCUACCAAGUGGGAGGAUAUCAAGCAGCGAUUUGAGGGAGUCCACGCCUUCGAUGCCAUCACAUUAGAAUCUGAAAAAAUCCGUCUUUACAAAGAGUACAUCACGUGCAUGGAAGAGGCGUGCAGCCAUCAUCAUUCACGGAAGAAACGCUCGAAGAAACAUAAAACGAAACGAUCGCCAUCGUCAGAGGAGUCAGAAGAGUCAGAAUAUCAACGUUCUGGUUACAGCAGGUCUAAAAAGAAGAUGCCAUCCAAAUCCAAAUCACGCUCACCGUCGCCAAAUUCACUGCCGUCAGACUAUGCUGAGAGGGAGCUGGAGAUGCAUGCCAUCAAGAAACACAAGAAGAAGUCUAAGAAGAGGAAGAAGAGGCCUUCCAGAUCGCCGUCGCAUGAGAGCGGGUCAGAGGCCGAGGUCAUCGAUAAGAGGAAGCCACGGCAUAGCACCUCGCCAGAGUUUCGGAAACCAGACAAGCAACAUUAUGCAGCGGCAGCAGCAGCCAAUGAUUCAGGGAGUGAUUUAAGUGAGGAAGAGUUAGAGAAGCAGCGGAGGAGGUUACUGAAAGAGCUCGAGGCACAUCUGUGAAGAGACAUUCUCAAAAAACUAUCCGACUGUGGUGCAGUUCUCUCUCAUACGACUCCGAGCAGUGUUGUGCAAGGGUGAUGUCCUGUUCUACUGUGGCCGCUUCAAACUAUUGACUAGUGCAUUGAGAGGAACUCGCACCAGUGGCUGUUUCUAAAACAGCUGUAGGUGCAUAACCAGACAUCCUCAAUGGCCUUUUCAUAGCAGUGUUGUGCCUGGGUGAUAGUUGAACCAGAGCUGUGCAUGCUCAAUGGAAAAUAGCAUCAGGCAGAACAUGAAUGGACCCAUCGUCUGUGUUCACCAUCUCAAAAGUGAAAUGCAUUUGAUAUGAAUUUUGGACAUUGGUAACAUAUGCUAAGUCAAUGGGUUAUCAUGACCAUUGUUGUACAUGUAUCGUGAAAUAUCAUGGUUGUGUUCAAUUUCGCAGGAAAAGUUCUGCAUAUGUAACUUUUUCACUAAUAAAAUA